UGACAUUUUCACAGAUGUUGGACGACUUAGCGGAAAAUCAAAGGACCGUCGACUUACUGAGCAGGAGCGCAGUCAUUUGCAAACAUAUUUGCUCACCAACUGCGAAGAUGUUCUUCAAUAUGAGAGGAUUUUCAUGGCAGAAAAGCGGUUCGAAUAUAGAUACGCUACAGAGGCAGAACUAGAAGAAAUGAAGCAAAAAGAAUUUGCUGGAUGGAUGUUUACUUAUGUGUCUGCUGGUUUGGCCAGAGGUGAAACAUUUGACGAUUGGAUACGCGAGAUGGUGGUUGGACCAAACUAUGUUGUGAAGUCAUAUCCGAGAUUUUGUACUCGAGGAUAUGCAUUCACAACUGAAAAGACGAAACGUUCGCGUACGACCUAUGAUGCUGGCGUUUGUUCUGCAUCGGGAGAUGAUGUAUACUACGGACACAUACAUGAGAUUUUGGAAAUCAAGUAUUUAGGCCUGCUUGGAUUGCGCUGUACUGUUUUCUAUUGUGAUUGGCACGACAUCACUCCAGAUCGAGGUGUGAGAACAGAUGCAUUUGGUGUUACAUCAGUUAAUUCGAGACGAAAGCUGCAAUAUUAUGAUCCUUUCAUUCUUGCUUCUCAGGCCGAUCAGGUUUGUUAUAUCAAGUACCCCCGGAUAAGGAACAGAGAUGAUCCAUGGGUUACUGUUACCAGACUCAACCCGAGAGGCCGAGUUCAGGGGAGUUCUGAGCUGGAAGACCCACUACAACCAAUCACAUCCAGUAACUUAAGUGCAGAAGAAGACGUAGCAGGAGUUGGCCUUCGUCGUGGUCGUGGUGGUUCGGGGAGCGGCUCCAUUGCGGGUUCCGCAUCGCCGUACAGCUCCUACCAGACAUCUCCUUCUCCAUUUCCCUCUCAUUCUCCUCCCGCUCCCGGUGUGGCACCCACUCGUGCUCCUUCUCAUGCUCCUGCUCAUCCGGCACUUCUGAGAGUUGCGGAGUUUGUUCGACAGCCGGGUCGUGACCAUCUUCCAUAUCUCACUCAGUAUCCACGUGGACAGGGUCAGACAUGGUUUGACCGAUCCGGGAACGGGAUCAGCGGAUGGAUCAACAGUAUGAUGUACUCGUCCCUCGACAAUGGACAUCCGACUUUCACCGACUUCCCUCUCGAGAAGCAGCAUAUGUGGUUUCAACAGUUUGCGCAACAAUUCAACUGGAAUGCCGAUGAUACGUUGUUUAUCUAUUACCACUUCGUCCAUAAAGUUAUGGACAACUAUGGGAAGCAGAUGCACUCGUGGAAGAAGAAGUGGGAAAUAAACAAGGUUCCAAAGGGGAUGGACCCGACGGUCUGGCGGGAGUUGAGUGAGCAUUGGAGUAAGAACGAAGUCAGAGCAACUUCUUCCACCAACUCCACCAACCGCAAGAGCGACCGUAAGGGGAAGGGCAUGUACGUCCAUAACUUGGGUGCUCAGUCUUUAGCCAGUCUGGGAGAUCGCUUGGCGCAAGAAAAUGAGGGGGAGCCGGUUGAUCAUCUCCGCCUAAUAAAGACGGCGUAUACCAACAAGAAGACCGGCGAGAUUGAUGAUGGUGUUGUGAGGGAUGUGGUCACCCUUAUCGACAGUCAGAUGGAACAGGAAGUGUCUCAGCUUCAAACCGAGGAUGACGAUUCCACGGGAUCGACCGGCUUGCCUCGGGUUCGGAUCAACCAAAUCGUUGAAGCGUCGGUUCCAAAGAAGAAGGGCCGUUUGUUCGGUUUGGCUCGUCGGUCUCCCUCGGUUCCGUCUGCUUCUGCACCACCACCGUCCUAUGUUGAUCAAGAAGUCCUUCUGAGCCAGAUGAGGGACAAGGAUGCUCGCAUAUCUGCGCUGGAGUCCAUGGUGGCGAGUCAAGAGGCGGGCUGGGAGGCACAGAGGAAGCUGAACGAGCAAAUGAUGGCGAUGAUGAGGAGCAUGAACCCGAACGCCAACGUCGACUUCCCGAACAUGCCAGACCCGGACUUCCAAACCCCGUAG